AUGGAAAUAGAUGAGGUUGAAGAGCAGAAAGACAAUUUCGAGGAGAUGUCGAGUGAAGGCGUGAGGGAUUUUGGAAUAGAUGACGAGCUCUUGCUACAAAUAAAUGAGCAAAAAAGAGAGGGCAUGUUUGUAUCGGCGUGGCAAGAGGACGAACAAGGCAUCUACGAAAAGGAUCAAAGUUCUCCGAUCGAGGCCUUUCUUACAGCCGCCGAAGAAGGAAAACUUGACGAUGUAAAACGCAUGCUUGGAGAGAGCCCCCAUUUACUGAACGCGACAGAUUGUGAUGGAUACACGGCUUUGCAUCGAGCCUCCUACAAUGAUCACGGUGAUAUUGUCGAUUUUCUUUUAGACCAAGGCGCAAAUCUAGAAGCUAGAACCAACGAAAACUGGACACCGCUUCAUUCUGCAUGCAACUGGGCAAACUACGAGAUUGUUGGGCGAUUGUUAAGUAGGAAUGUGGAUGUUAAUUUAAUGAGCAAGGGAUUGCUAACGCCUCUACAUAUUGCUUUGUGCUCACAAGAAGAUGCUGAAAGAAUAUUUCACACCGUUCGUUAUCUACUCCAGGCUCCAGGCAUUGAUCUAUCUGCUAUUACCGGUGGCGGCGAUUCAUCUCUCGAUUUGGCUCGAAGAAAUCAACCGCGCUGUUUUGAAUUGAUCGCAGAAAGGUUGCAGCCUUGGCUGAUGCUCCGCAUGUUUUUUGGUGGUGGGGGCGGGCCGGAUCCAGCCGAUGAUAAUGGAGCCGAAGUGGUGGAAAGACUUGUUGAGCGGGUCGAAACUUGCACUGGCAUCGAGGAUCGUCGAGAUGCACUCCGUGGUUUACGAAAUUUGGCCAAAAAACAUCGCCUUGCAGUUGGUACAUUGGGACUCAACGCUUUUAUGGACAUACUAACUAAAGAGAGAAAUGCGAUCGAUCUUUUAUCGCUUACACUUGAGGUUCUUUUAUUUGUUAUAAACGGUGAUGAUGAUGUUCCUGAAGAAGACGAACUGGGAGAAAGACUUGCUGAGGUAAUGCUCAAGCGACCUCAAUUUAUUUCGGCCGUUCUUGCCACUUUGGAGCAAUAUGAAUUCGCUGUGAGACGUAUUUCGGUUCAAUUGCUCACGUCUUUGUUGCGUCAUCGAGGAACCGAAGUGCAAAAUGCGGUAAUUCAACAGCCGAUGGGAGUUACGCGUCUUGUGGAUCUUGUUCACGAUAACCGAGAGGUUGUUCGAAACGAGGCCAUUCUACUACUUUGCGAACUUUCACGAGCACAUUCCCAAUUGCAACAGCUACUUGCCUACGACAAUGCUUUCUCCAUACUCAUUGACAUUGUUGACUCUGAGCCAAUUGACAGUAUCGUCAUUGAAGAUUGUCUUUUUGUGAUUCUGAACUUGCUUCGCAAAAAUGCGAAUAAUCAGCAGCUUUUUCGGGAAAAUCAGUUAAUCAUGCGACUCCGUGGACUUCUCGGAUCUUUGGCUUUUCCAGAAGACGUCGAUGAAGGCGCCGAGUGGGCUAAACAGCGAACCGCAAAUUUGAUUUUUCUUUUGCAGGUCAUCCGAGCUCUUGUUUCACCAGAUAACGUUCAAGCAAAUACACACGCUUCCCAAAAGAUCAUGCAUCAAACUCAAAUUUUGAGCGAACUUUGUCGAGUAUUGUUGUCAGAAAUUGGAGUAUCAGUGGAGGUUUUAACUGAAACGGUGAUCGCGGUGGCAGAAGUGAUUCGAGGAAAUUAUACCAAUCAAGAGUAUUUUGCAAGCAACACUUUGCUUACAGCGGAAGGAAGUCAACGACCAGCGCUCCUUGUUUUGCUCCUUUCUUUGACUGCCGAGCGUCAACCAUUCAAGCUGCGUUGUGCCGUCUUCUACGCUUUCCUUUCUUACCUACAUGAUAACGAAUUUGGAAAAACAAAGAUUGUUGAAACUCUUCUUCCGGCAGCUCAUGCACCAGACUCACUUUCAACUGGCAGUCUAGUUGUUCAGGCGCUAACCUCUUCGGAGUCUGUUCAAUCUUGGUUCGGAGCCGUGUGCCUUUUGCAUUGCCUUCUUGAUGUAGAGCAUCUGGGGGAACAACUGUUGCGAGUUCAACUUUCAUUGACGGUUGAUGAGGCACCACAGCCACUGCUCUUCCACAUUGUUCGCAUGCUGAUUAAUCUUGGCGUUAGACGUCCACAACAACGCGCGGGACUUUUACAACUACUGCUCACUUGGUGUCUUCGGUGUCCGACGGCUGUCGCUCGCCUUGUUUUGGAAGCCGAUUUCUUGAAUUAUCUUACGAUGCAAAUUGUGGAAGAAUGUGGCGAAGGAAAUGAAGGUGAACAAAUGGUUGUGCGUGGAUUGGCAGCUUCUCUUCUUUUGGUCUUUUUGCAAAAUGCAAAUGAUGAGAAAACACGAAGUUCGCUAGAAGCUCUCGUUAAACGACGUGUUGGUGUUCAAAUUUGUGCUGAAGCCGUUGAAGGUGUAGCCGCAACUGAACCAUUUGUGAGAGCCGCUCAAAGACCUCAACCUCUAGCUAAAGCACCUGGCGAUUUAUUCUUGGAUCAUCACUUUGUCAAGCUAUUCAAAGCGCACGAGCCGGCUCUUGUUAAAAUGGUCCACUCACUUGAUACUGCGACUACGGUCACGGCAAACAACGAUACGAUUAUCCAAUCAUUCAAGGAUUUGAUCAAACGGCAAGAUGAAGAAAUUUCAGUGCUGAAGACUGAUUACAAAAGAGCUCGUGAAGAGCUUGAAGGAUUAAAAGCUCAACAGGCUUCUGCUUCUACUCUCAAACAAGAACUGGAGGAUGCUAGAGCUCAGCUAGAGAACGCCAAUCAGAAAACUACAAAUAACGAGCAACUUGAGCAUCAAAUCACCCAUCAGAGAAAUAUCAAUCAACAAUGGGUGGCAGAAGUGGAGAAGUACAAACAAUGGGCUCAGCAAUGGCAGUCUUUCCAAGUUUCCCAGAUGCCAAAUGGUGGCAUUGAUGCUGGCCUACAACAACUGCAGGCUCAAAUUGCCGAAUUGGAACAACAACUCGGUUAUGGAUGGCAGGCUUAUGAGGCACAAAGUCAACAAAUUCAACAACAAAUUGCUGCUACACAAGGCUGGAAACAGAGAUCAGAGGAAUUGGAACAGGCUUAUAACCAAUUACGUGCAGACAUGGAACAAUUGAAAACUAACUUUACAAAUGGUCCUCAAAAUCCAACUAUUAACGGGCACACUACUGAUGCAAAGACUGAAGAUGAACUCCGGCGAAUCAAAGACGAACAAGAGGAUUUACUCGUCCUUUUAGCCGAUCAGCAUAAUAAGCUUUCAUCAUACAGGAAACGCCUGAAAGCGAUGGGACAAGUGGUUUCUGAAGACGAGGACGAAGAA